AUCUUCCCAAGUUGUAGUCGCAGCAAGAGGCAACAUCUCAGUCACAGCAAUUACGAACUGCAAUAUCAAAUUCAAAGCAGGAUUGUCGCGCAUCUAGCGUGUGAGCAAAGAAGAUUCUUUCACGGCUCCUGGGUCGUGACAACAAGACUUAGACUCACUUCGCGAUUUCCGGGCUCUUCAGGAGAAGCCGAGUGUUGGCGCUGCAAUAUCUGCAUUCAUUUACUAGCGGAAGCGAAACCGAAGCGAACUACUACAACCCCAGGUUCGUCUUGUUGUGUAGGUCUUGGCGACGUAGUUCUACCCCUCAGAGAUGAGUAGUGGCGCCAAUUAUCAAGGGCCUCGUCCUGUCGUCAUGAUGGAGGAUGACGCGGCAGCUCCUCAUCUCUUGAAAAAAGUGGGAGCCGCGACGGAUUGUGCUGAACCGCCUGACCCUGAUCAAGGGCUUCGUCCUGUCGUCAUGGCGGAGGACGACGAGGUGGCAGCUCCACUCUUGAAGAAAGUUGCAGCUGCGACGGACUGUGCUGUCUGUGAUGAACCGCCUGACCCUCGUUCUUCGUGUGGACGCAUGUUACCUUCACCGGCGCAGCAAACAGCACCAGGCGUCGAGUUUCAGGGGAUACUCAUCGAUGAAUUUUCGUCCAGCGAACAGAUGUCUUCCGCGACAGAGGACGAACAGAUCAAUGCUACUAGUCCAGCCCUUGCUCCUAAAGGUCCUCCUCGUACCGAAGUAGAGCGGAGCAACACCAGCGAUAGGUGGACCUCCACGACGUCGCGACUCGCAGCGAAGGACCAGCAGGAAGAUGUUGGAACCAACACCAGCACCCCUACCACGAGAGGACGAAAGUCUCGCGGAGAUCAUCAACAUCGACACCGAACGCACAGAAGUACAAAAUCGCCGCCAGCUUCGAAACUAGCAAAACAGCAUUUCGGAUGCCGUUCGGUAGGCUUGUUUGCGCUACGCUGCAUUACUGGGCUAUUUCUGCUUCUGCUUCUUUUCGCCGUUGCUACUUGCGUGGUGUACCACGCCGGCUUUUUGAGUCUGACGGAGGUCGAAGAGUGGUUUUUGUUCUUCGGGAUUGAAGACCCCUUCCAGACCGCACAAGAAACUCUCGUCCCGCUUGAGAGCGACACCAGCGGCAGAGAAAUUGAUGGAGCAGCAGCGGAGUGCGAACAUGGCAGAAAUUGUAGCACUACCAAGAAAGGUAAGCAAGCUCGUCCCCAUUUAGCACCCCAGGCCACGAGAACCUCGACGCCGGUCAGCAAACCGGCUUCAGAUGUUGCAGCAGGAGUUGCAGUUUCGCCUACAACCCUAGCGGCGGACCGGAAAUUGAACCCCUCGCAGCAACUGCAACGAGCCUCUGUCCGCCAAAUCAUGGAAGACCCGGUGGAUUACGGGAAACCGAACCUGAACCUCGACCCGGACGAACCCUUCCUCGAGCAAAUGGAUGACCCGGAUGAGGAAGGGCUCGACCAGGAUCGAGAGUUUGAAGAAUCGCAACGCAGAACCACUCCCUUCAAGAAAUCGUCGUUCGCUUCGAGUUUUCUCGACACAACGUUGGACGGCCUGAACAAAUGCGCCUCUGGUCAGUGUGCAGACAAGGGACAAGAAGCUACAAAUGCGCACGUGGAAGAAAGAGAAACAACAAAAACUACAACAAAUGCGGCGCCUUUCCUCGAAGAUGAGUUUGAAGAACGGGAGGGAGCGCCAGAAUACGAUUUUUUAGAAGUAGAACCUCCUGUGCGAAGAACUGAAUCCGCCAGCAGCAGCACGAGAAAGUCGAGGGCACGGGCAGCGGGCACGACUUCCAGAAGUCAAAGAGCAACAAGCGGCGCAGCACAAAACGCGCCUCCCGUGGGCCGCAGCGUCAACUCCGAAGCUGUUGCGGACCGGAUAAUCAACGCGUCGAAAAGCCCGCAAAGCGAAAACAUGCGUCGCCAAAUGCCAGACCCAGUGGAGGACGACGACGAAAGAUUUGACGGAGCAGAUUUGGACGACGAGGACUUUCUCCAGCGCAUGGACGACCCGGAUAUCCUAUGUGAAUUUGUCCUUGCCACGAAGCAUUUGUUUUGCAGACGUGCGCGCGGAAGUAGCGGAUUGUAGGAGUAGUAGAGAUAAAGGAAAAGGCUUCAUGCAAGACAGGCCACAUGUUGGAGGAUGCGAAUUUUUAUAUUUUUAUACAACAACAUUCUUGGUUUUGCAUUUUAUUUUUACAUUACAAGAUGACAAACGUUUCACGCACAUCCAUUGUGCUAGGUGAGUGAGGGCGUUUUUGCAACGGAUUCCUAAUGAAGAGAGGCUAGACCAGGAUCAAGAUUUUGAAGACUGGAAACGCGGGAUAACACCGUACGCGACGUCAUCGUUUGCUUCAAGUUUUCUGCACGAGAAGCUCGUGCUUGGAUUUCCAAAUUGUUGGGGAGGGGAAUCAGCUGCAAGUACUGAUCUUCAUGAAGUGCAGUUCUUGGCGCCGCUGCCGGAAGAUGUGCAGGAGGCGGAACCGCUACCCCAACCCCUGGACUAUGUGUUGACACCUCUGAUAGCAUCAAAAUCCGUAAAAUCGGGAAACAACAAAAUAGAAAUAUAUAUUCUGUAGCACCUUUGGCUUUGGCUUUGAGUUUGAUGUAUCAUGCAUGUAUGCCUUUGCCUAUGGAAGCCAGAGACCACGUUAGAAUCUGUAUAUCCGCGGACCAUUGGAGAUGUGGCUCGAAAACUCUCGCACGCUCCUGCCCGCGAUCUUUUUUCGAUUUUCACCCGACCAAAUUUGCGGCGGCAAAAAAUCGUCCCGCCGCCAUGGCAAAAAAAGCUCCCGAUCACUCCACCGGCGCUGGAAAACUGAAAAGAAAGCGGAUUAAUCUCUGAAAGCAGAUUGAUACAUGAGGAAAACCAAAAGAGCUGUCGAAAGCCGUCGAGAAAACUCAGUCCAUGGAAUAAAAAAGUCUCGGUUUGAAAGCCGCCGCAAAUUUUUUUCUUCUUCAUUCCCCGCUCCCCCUUCUUCGCUUGGUUUUGUUGACGGGCGCAGUUUUGGUUCUAUUCCCGCUAGAAAACGCAGGCCGAAGCUGCAUCCAAGUCAUAAUUGAGCAAGAAGCCCCUCAUCUACUGUGGCGGGUAGAUGAUAUUUUUUUUAGUGCCCGACACCGAGCUAUCGACAUGCGCCGGUAGCCUGCGAAAUUCCCGCCGAUCUGGUUCAAAUGGUGUUAAGGGAAGGCUUUGCACCUUGGGGUCGGUUUUAACAUCACCAACAGUAGGAUCGGUUAUUUAUGACAGGAGUGCGAGUGCGCAGCUCGUCCCUCUCCCCCUUAUUUGUUGUAAUGGAAAUGAUGCAAUAAAACGCCUCGCCAAAUCCUGUUUGUGCCUUCGCCUUUUGGCCUGCAUGACAAGCUCUGGAAACCCAGACGACACGUCUACUACACUCCGGACGUGGGUUUAUGUGUCCGACAAUCUUCAUUUCAUUUUUGAGAUGGUCAUAAUUUCUCUUGCUAGAUAGGAAUGCAUACAGGCAGAGUCAUGUAUUCUCACACUACAAUUCGUAUCCGUCGGGAUCUCCCGGUGUCGCGUUGCGAUUUCGGUAUGGUGAUGAGAUACAACAGACAGUAUGUAUGAAUAUAUUUAUUGCGUUUUCCCGAGUUUGUCUUUGUUGAUUUUGUCGUCUCAGUUCUGCUGGACAUACGGCGGUUGGAGGAGGGCGGCGCUAAGGGAGAUGCAAAAGGGGAAGAUGAACGUGAACAUCUCCCCAGCCGAGUGGAGCAGGAGGAGGCUCAUCAAGACUGGUUGGGCCCCAUCCGAAAAGAGUGCGAAAAAACGAAAGCGUUUGAAGUGGUUCAGGCAAGCGGGGGCUUAGUUGGUAUGCUCGUUACUCAGCUUCCCGUUCCGCCUGAGCUCAAGGAUGCCACAAUAAAUCGUGUCAUUCCUCUUUCCUGUGCUUACCUUUUGGACAACGGUGACGGUAAUGCCCUGAAGGUGUCGGCCCUGGCAGGGGCACUCCGCGCGAAAGAAAAAACAGGGGAAGUAGGAGAGACCACGAUUUUCGAUGGAUACAAUCAACCAGCAGGGCAACCUUUGGUGGACUUCAUCGAACAGUUCCUACCGAAAUCUGAUGUGUGGACUUCGCGUCCGCCCUCGACGGUUUAUCUUCCACAUCUCCUCGAAAGCAUUCUGUUGGCCGAGAACAGCGACAUACUGACACGAGAAGUCCUUGCUGUGGGCCACGCGGAGUCCUCUGCCCUUGUUCCACCCAGCACAUCAAACGAAGCCCGUGGUAGUAGUGUCUCUUCGACGAAGCAGAGUCUUGUCUCAAUCGAGGCUAAGCUUGUUCUGGGACUCGACGCUGUGAAUCGUAAAAUGAUGCAGAAGAUAAAGGAGAGGGAGUUAGAGCGCUUACAACAAUGGAUCGGACAACUGCGCUUUGACCUUCCUUCUCCGAUCGUGAACCAGCUUCCUUCUCUGCUUGAUGGUGCACUCGCGACGCCCGUGAGGGAGGUUGUCGCAGGAGGGAAAGAGCACGUGUUGCACGAAAUUCAACAAAAAGAUGCCAAAAAUGCACAAGAUUUCUUGCGCGAACAGCUUUUCGGGAUUCUUGAAGCUGAUGCGCCUGGAACGGAGUCCGGUUCGGACUCCGCGACAACUUCCGCCGACAGAGCGCAUUCCGUGCUGCUGGAGCUACUGGAAAAUGGCAGUAUCGCUGGAGCAGCUGCCCCUGCUAGUCGUCAGGAUCACUCCAUGAAGAACUCCGAGAAACCGCAGGGAACUGCUGCAGUUUCCCGUGGUGGAGGGGAAGUACAGCAGGGCCGAAUACGGGAUCAUCAGAUGACUGGCGCAGAGCAGAUGGCUGGGCUGUCGUUGUCGUCCAAGGACGGCGGCCGCACGCGGACGCAACAGAAACAUGACAGAGCUGCAGUUGCAGAAGGACUAGCCCACGCCGAUGGUGCAUCUGACGAAGACAUCCGGUCGAUGUGCCGAAGCAAAGAGACCUUGGAAGCCACACUCGGCUUGCAAGAUAUAGAAGAAAUGCCGCAUGGUUUGGAUGUCAUAGUCGAUGUGAUAAAGAAGAAGACGCUCGCUGACGUCUUUCCAAAUGUGUGUGCCUUUUUUUCGAUCGAGGACAUCAACUUGGUUUACCGCUUAGGAGGCAUGCUUCUGGCGGACCAAUACACUGGACAAGUAGCGGAAGAGGUACUUUUUCCGAGGAGCGACGAAGAUGGAGGAGGACCAGCACCACUAGCGGCAACGAACUUGUUUGAAAAUUAUUAUGAAUCCGGUACCGGACUGAAAGGGGGCUUCAAAGAUGUGAUCGCUCCGAUAAUGAUGGAGCUCGAGCUCCUCAAGCCACCGUCCCAGCACUUGAAGCCAGAGCAGCUCCUGCUCACAAGUACACUCUUCGGCUCGUACGGCGAAAAUGGGCAAGGCGGAAAGAUGCUCUUGAAGGCCGCCGUGGAGACGGGGAGAACUAUUUUCUGGAUCGAGAAAGGCGAAUCUCAGCGGAGCAGUGCUGCCGCUGAAGUGUUUGAGGCGCACCAUGCUGCACUCGGAAUUUCCUUGCUACUCGAAGUGGUAGAAGAAAUGCUUUUGUUCAGGGACUUCGAGAAGAAUGGUCUUGUGAAUCCAUCCCUGAAAGUCCUUGCGCUGCCCCUUUACCGGGAAUGGGUCACGCACCCUUCCCGUCAAUUCCGGAAAUUCAAGUCCUUGUACCUAGACGAGAACGAGUCCAGGACGACUGACCACGCUGUUCCUGCGCAGCAUUCGAUCUCGACGCCAGUGCAGGAGGAUUUGGAAAAGGUGCUCGGGAACCUUUUAGGUAAAGAUUUGUUCCAAGUUGUUCUGCGGAAGCAGUUUCCUGCUGCGCAGGGUGACUUGCAGUUGCCACCUGAAGGUGAUGCAAUGGCAAAAGCGGCUGGCUUUGGAGAUGGUGGAGCAGACGAUCAGGUUGCUGCACCGGGUUUUGAUUCACAAAUCCGUGCUGGCAGAGAAGCACGUGGAGCUGAUCUUAUGGCACAGCAGCCAGGAGCACGAGGAACAGCGUCUGGCUUGGAAAGUAGAAGUCCGGUCGACGACACUCCGGCCGAUGAUCCCAGUCACGCUCACGACCACAGAAGUAAUCUUCAAUCGCAAGAGCCAGGAGGUGGUGGUGGAGGAGCGCGCCGUGCGGUUGCACCACCACCGGCCGGUGGUUCACCAGGGGCAGGGACGCACAUGCAAAGCAUUUAUGCAUUACAAAAGUGUCGUGUACUUAGUAAUAUAAUAUAAAAGUGUAACUGGUAUUUAAUUGCAUUUGCAACACAAUUUUUUUAUUUUCAGAAGCAAAAACGAAGUUUGUAACGCGGGGGAGAAAGAAGGUAGAUGCAAUAUUGCAAUGCGUACGAGUACCACGAUACUUUUGCAACGCAUAUGACCGGCGCACAACCCCGUCGAGCGGCUGCGGCACCUCGUGAACCUCCUGCUGCAGGUCCUAGCACACCUCUUCGUAGCGGCACGAGUCCGCAACAAUCUCAAACCUUACAAGGCCCAGCUGCUCCAGUUCAACAGCGGAGUAGACGCGGACAAGGACACCAAGCAGCAGAUCCGACGAAACAGAGCGCCCAGCAGAAAAAUACCAAGAACUGUUGCUAACUGACUCUGCGACAAUUAGAAUUACAGCAAGCAAAAAUAUGAAAUCCUUUUUGAUGUUUUUGUUUUUACUAGAGCGUGGUCCCCAUUUCAAACACGAUUUUGAGUGUGGUGUCGCAGCUACAACGUUGUCCUAAUCACGAUACAUCAUGGUGAGAAAAUCAAUGCGCUUCAUGUACUCUUGCAAUUCAAAUUCCAAUUUUUAAUAUGCUGGGUCAGCUGUCCUAGUGCUGGAGGAGGGAACAGCACGCAGCAGCCCGCCAAAGGGCACACUGCCAGAACUAUCAUCAUGACACUGGUGCAAUUUCAACCGGACGCGACGAGUUGACAAUGGGAAUGGGAAUAGUGGUAGCUCCUCUCAUGAUGCUCCACCUCCAGUCCGUCUCCGUUUGUUUCGUUAGCCAUGAAUGAAAUGCAUCGGGGAUGGCUUCUGCCCGCGACUGACCUUUAUGUUUUCUAUUUUCAAUAAACCAAAAUAAGCAAGCUUCUCCGCGCGCUCUUUUUUUUUGUUGCUGAAAUAGCCCCGCUAGAGACUGUGCCCAUUUUUCCUUUUUUGAAUGUUUCCGACUUCCCAUCUAGCUCAGCGGGGGGGAGAGCGUGUGGGGCUUUUUCUUUUUUCUUUUUCGUGGUGCUCCUAUUCACCGGGCUCGUUUUUUUCUUUUUAUAACCUGGCACCUUGACCUUGUUUUUUUAAGAAAAGCUUUUUGUUUUUGUUUUAUUAAGCGAGACCCUACAUACUCGAGUUCUUUUUCCUCUUCCGCCUAGUUCCCUGUAGUGCGGUUGAAUUCUUUUGGGACGGCAUGUGCAAAAGUGUGACUUCGCGCACUAUCGGUCUUUUUACAUGAUCCCGAAUGACUUCAUUUUCAAUUAGGUUAACUUAAGAUAUCAGCCCCGUCCUCCUCCUCCAACUUAUUUCCGUCUGUUUUCACGUCCGUUUUUCCUGUCCGUUUCUUCGUUCUCCAUGAAUUUGCAUAUUAACAUUAAGAUCCAAACCACGUCUCAAAUCUUUUUUUUUUUGAAAUUUCAAAAUCAAAGUACGACAGAUGCAAAAGCUACUGCAUUGCCAUUUCUUGUUGUUCAUCUUUAUUUCUCGUUUGCCUAUAUUUUUAUUUUACUCUAAUCAUAUUGUCAAAGUGGAAGCAGCCUCGAGGCCCAAAUCCAAAUCGCGACCGAGUGUUUAUUUGCGUACCAAAAUCAAAAAUAAAAUCAAGAUUUGAAUCGGAAAAUAAAAGUUGGAUUAUGAAGAUGAAAGAGAAAGAAAAAAAAUGCCGCGCACAAGUAACCAUUGACCAAAAAGCGGUGACUUUUCCGGUCACUUGUGAAUAACAUGUUCG